AGUUGGCAGCACUACAAACAGCAAGCGUAGCCGACUUUGCGUUUCGAAGAUUCAUUUCCUUUCUUUCUAUUUCAGCGUCUGAAUUGAACGGACGUCAUGUCGCAUCGUAAGUUUUCUGCACCUCGUCAUGGCUCUAUGGCCUUCUACCCCAAGAAGCGCUCAUCCCGCCAUCGUGGCAAGGUUAAGGCUUUCCCCAAAGAUGAUGCCACCAAGCCAGUGCAUCUGACUUGCUUCAUCGGCUACAAAGCCGGUAUGACUCACAUUGUGCGUGAGGCCGAUCGCCCUGGAUCAAAGAUCAACAAGAAGGAGGUCGUCGAGGCUGUCACCAUUUUGGAGACACCGCCAAUGAUUGCUGUUGGCGCUGUCGGCUACAUUGAGACUCCAUUCGGCCUGCGUGCUUUGGUCAAUGUCUGGGCCCAGCAUCUGUCCGAGGAGUGCCGUCGCCGCUUCUACAAGAACUGGUACAAGAGUGAGAAGAAGAAGGCUUUCACCAAGGCCAGCAAGAAGUGGACCGAUGACUUGGGCAAGAAGAGCAUCGAGAACGAUUUCCGCAAGAUGUUGCGCUACUGCAAGGUCAUCCGUGUGAUUGCCCAUUCGCAGAUCCGCCUGAUUAAGCAACGUCAAAAGAAGGCCCACAUCAUGGAGAUCCAGCUGAACGGUGGCUCCAUUGAGGAUAAGGUCAAGUGGGUGCGCGAGCACCUUGAGAAGCCCAUCCAGGUCAGCAAUGUGUUUGGCCAGGAUGAGAUGGUCGAUUGUGUGGGCGUGACCAAGGGCAAAGGAUUCAAGGGUGUCACCUCGCGUUGGCACACCAAGAAACUGCCCCGCAAGACGCACAAGGGUCUGCGCAAGGUCGCCUGUAUCGGUGCCUGGCAUCCAUCCCGUGUGUCCACAACUGUGGCACGUGCUGGUCAGAAGGGCUACCAUCAUCGUACCGAGAUCAACAAAAAAAUCUACCGCAUCGGUGCUGGCAUUCACACCCAGGAUGGCAAGGUCAUCAAGAACAACGCUUCCACGGAGUACGAUUUGACCGACAAGAGCAUUACUCCCAUGGGUGGCUUCCCCCACUACGGUGAGGUCAACAACGACUUCGUCAUGAUUAAGGGUUGCUGCAUUGGCUCCAAGAAGCGCGUCAUCACUCUGCGCAAGUCGUUGCUGCGCCACACCAAACGUUCGGCGCUGGAACAGAUUAAGCUGAAGUUUAUCGACACCUCAUCCAAGAUGGGUCAUGGUCGAUUCCAGACCCCUGCCGACAAGUUGGCCUUCAUGGGUCCACUCAAGAAGGAUCGCCUCAAGGAGGAGGCAGCUGCUACCACCGCUGCUGCUGCCGCCGCUUCUACCGCCUAAACAUUUAUCCAUAUUUUGUAUCGAUCAAUCAAUACAAGAUAAGAUCCGUUUACUCGGUGUUUUAUGUGUUGACUUCUGCCGUCUCCGUCACGGCACGGUUGGCUCAAUAAAAGAUGACCUUAUAAAAACAAAAACAAAAA